AGCUUCCCCCGACAUGGCGGCAGCGCGUGCAGAGGCGCUGCUGCCGCGCGAGCGGAGCGAGUGUAACCUGCAGGGCGGGCACGAGCAGCACCUGCACCACCACCAUCACGGCUUCGGCGAUAAAACCAUCACGUUCUGGGGAUCUUGCGUCCUCAAUUUCAAUAACAUCACGGGACCAGCGGUCGUGGUUCUCCCGUUGCUAUACGCACAAGCGGGAUGGUUUUUACCAACCGCAGGGCUCACGCUCAUGUGGCUGUUUUCGUCGUUUGCGGCGACGAUGAUGUGCGAGGCGCAGCAGCGAAUUCCGGGUAACAAGGGUUUCGCGAGGCGGUUUGAGUACUGCACGCUCGUGCGGCAUUAUUUCGGCGAUCGGUGGUACGCGCUCGCACAGAUUGGCUUCAACACGGGGCUGCUCGCUUCGAAUAUCGCGUCCAUGAUUGUUACAUCGCAGGUCCUAGACUCGGUGGUGUAUCGGCUAGCUGGCACAUCGUAUGGCAUGGAUUACGGCCAGUGGCCGCCCGCGUUUAUCGAAUCUCUUGCAACGGGAGGGGCGGGAGGGAAUGUGUGCGCGUGGGGUACCACCAGCAGCGGUGACUGCAACCGAUCAGUGAUCUCCCUGGGAUUCGUGCUCGCAAUGACAGUCUGCAUCCCCUUUGCUCGCCUCAACCUCGAUGACAACAUGGGCUUCCAAUGGCUAUCAAUGCUCGCCCAGCUGCUCUUCUCAUUUGAGUUUGCCGCCCAGUUCCUCUCCAACCUCCUCCCUGGCUCACCCAACUACUGCCCUGGGAAUGGGCCGGGGAGAACACCCUUCCUGGGACUCGAUAUAAGCCAGGUCCUAGGGGUGUGUGUCUUUGCAUACUCGUACGUCAGCACCAUCCCCUCGUGGGCCAAUGAGAAGAAGCCAGGUGUCAACGUCAACCGAGCCAUCUGGCUGCCUGCUUCUGUCGGCUGCGCCCUCAACAUCCUACUCGGUCUCCUAGGAGCAUGGGCGUACAAGCUAGUGGACGACGCAUGCCACCCCUUCAAGGGCACAAACUACAUGCUUACAUGCUCCCAUGCCCCAUUGCCCCCUGCCCCUGUGUCCCGUGCACCUAUGCCCCCCUGCCUUGCGCUGUACCCUGCAGGUCUGCUAGGCGCGUGGGCAUACAAGCUAGUGGACGACGCCGGCCACCCAUUCAAGGGAACAGACAACAUGCUCAACAUGCUGGACGGGCAGGCCGAUGCCGCCACUGCAUGCGGCCAUCCCCAUGUGGCCUGUACAUGUGGGGCUUCUUUGGCUACAUCCCAGGCUGGGCACACCAACCCCUCUCUCAUACCCGUGCACCCCUCUCCACCCCCCUCUGUGUCCCCAGCAACAGAGUUCUCGGUGCCUCAGGCCUCUUCUCCGACUCCCUCUUUACACCCCCCCUUCCUUCCUCCCUUCCCCCUGCUUCCUCUCCCCCAUUCCUAUCCCCCUGCUCCUCCCCCCCCUUCCUAUGCCCCUGCUCCUCCCUUCUCUCUUCCCCUUUCCCCCCCAUUCUCUGCCCGCUUUCUCUUUGUGCUACAGGUGGCCCCAGCAACGGAGUUUUCGGUGUACAUGUGGGGUUUCUUUGGCUACAUCCCGGGAAUCCCCAUCCUGGCCAUCAUGGUUCGCUACAACCUGCAGUCUUCAGGCCUCUUCUCCGACUCUGCCGCCUUCUUCUGGGCGGUUGUAGCGCCGUGGUUACUCACUGCAUUCUUCUACCAAGCCCAGCGCCAUGGUUACUCACUGCAUUCUUCUACCAAGCCCAGGUGCUCGUGCAGCUGUGCAACUGGGUGGCCAUCAUUUGCCAGGGAUUCAUCAGCCUCAUCCAUGCACCCACUAACCCUUGCCCACAACCCCCCAACCCCCCUGCAUCCCUCUGCAUCCCUUCAGGUGCUCGUGCAGCUGUGCAACUGGGUGCUCGUGCAGCUGUGCAACUGGGUGGCCAUCAUCUGCCACGGCUUCAUCAACCUCAUCCAAGCAGCCACAAACCGUUACCCACCAUUUCUCCACUGCGUGCACCCCUCUGUUCUAGUGCAGUUCUGCAACUGGGUGGCCAUCAUCUGCCAGGGCUUCAUCAACCUCGUCGUCCCAACGCUCCUCUUCCGGGCCGCCCUCAUCACCUACCCCACCCCCGAAGAGCUGGAAUCGCGGGGCUACCUCCUCGUCUCCUCCUCCCCUCCCUCCUCCACGCCUCUCUCCACCACUCCCCACACCUCCACACCGCUCCGAAGCUCCUCCAGCGCUGAUAGAAGCCUGGCGGGUCUGAUUCAGAAUGUGAUUGCUGCGCUUUCUCCCAAGCACUCGCCGAAUUCGUCUGAAGGAGGAGCGGGAGUGAUGGAGAGUGAUAUGGAAGGGGCGGGUGCUUAUAAGCAGAUGCCGGAUGGCGCUGCUGGGGAGCCGGAGCAGGUUAGGUUACAGAUCACCCACACUGCAAGCUACAUGUGGUUUGAGUAA